AUGGGCGAAUUGAUGGGAAAUUUUAGCUGUCCUAAUCCGAGUUGCAGCAAAAAUUUCAAGUGGAAAAAAAAUUUGGCUUAUCAUCUUAAGUACCAGUGUGAGAAACCGCCGCGCUACAAGUGUCCAUAUUGCGAAUAUGCGUCAAAAUGGCGUAAAGAUGUCGAGCGCCACGUUCAAACAAUUCAUCCAUUAGAACCCGUUAAAGUUGUUGAAAUUGGAAAAGCUAAAGAAGAAAUAAAAUUCGAGUGUACUUAUAUUUGUCCUAGGGAAAAUUGUAAAAAAACAUUCAAGACUUUUAAUAACUUGAAGGUACAUUUAUCCAGUGGCACUAGAGAAGAAAACUUCACCGGCGUCGGUUAA